UUGAAAUUGCGGCAAAAUCGCUAAAUUGGCAACUGUGUAAAUAAAUUCUAGAUAGUGUCAAAAGGUGGCCAUCAGCUAUGUAGUAUCUGGUUUAGCGCGCAUCUCUCAUGAUCGUAUGACCCGCGCCAAUUGCGAUUAUGGCGCUCACCAGAUGAGAGGGGCAGUUUUACGCUGAGAACGGGUCGUUUGUGACGGACAACGUCCAACGAUUUUCACGAGGUAAGACACGACGGACGCGAGGUUUUCGGUCUCCCUGCCUCUCACAGGCAUGUCGAUGCCUCGGCUACAUCUGUGCUAGUGAGCUAUCCACCGCGAGCUGUCCCGAAUCGCGGGGACGCGACGGCCGUCCUUUUCCUCCAGCCAUACCUGAGUACAAUAAUAGAUUUGGCUGGAACCUGCACAGAGCCUGAUUAAAUAAAUAGUAUUGUCUCCCUCUGUAUCUCUCGGACUAUCGCCCCACCUCCCUUACGUCGCGAUCUCGCGACGUAGAUCUCCCUAAAUUUUAGAUCUCUUUCGAAUCGACCAGAAGAAAAUCAUCUUUCACUCUGCGAUUUCGUGGCUUUUAUGACCUUUUAUCCUGUACGACGAGAGAAUCGAAUUGUUACGUGCCUGAUUAAUGUUUAAGCUCCUCCAAAGCUGACGCAGGCAGAAACAUGGAAGGUCAACAGUUCUGUUUACGAUGGCAUAAUUUUCAAAAUACUCUAUUGAGCUCGUUGCCAAAGUUGCUUGACGGUGGUCAUCUGACAGACGUUACGCUCAGUGCCGGCGGUAGACAUAUUCAUGCUCACAGAAUUAUACUCUCGGCUUGUAGUUAUUACUUUAAAGAACUUUUUAAGGACUUAAGCGUUUUGCAACAUCCGGUCAUUGUGCUGCCAGGCAUGGAAUAUGCAAAUUUAUGUGCUCUGGUCAAGUUUAUGUAUAAUGGAGAAGUGAAUAUUUAUCAAGAACAGUUACCUGCACUUUUAGCUAUGGCUGAUACCUUGCACAUUUGUGGAUUAGCUGACAUGGCUGGGAAAAAUUCGAGACAGGAUAACGACGUGUAUGUGCAGUCACCAGUAAUGCAACCUCAGGAAAGACUGAACGAAGAGAUAAUAAAGACAGAGAAAGAUAAUGUAAUAACUCCUGGAUCGUCAGAAUCCGUAUCAUUGCCUAAAAUGGAUACUUUAGAGGAUGAGGAGCCUAAUAAUGACCAAGAAAGUAUACCGUAUUGCGUGAAGACGAAGCCCUAUUACUCUAUAAACGCGAAGUUAAACCAAAGGGAAAAAACGUCAGUUCCUGUUAACGUAUCUGUUAAUAAGUAUGUCGAUAGAGGCUAUUCGGAAAACAUAGCGGAUGAGACAGCGCCGAUCAUGGAGGAUCAAGUCACUACUGAAGAUGUAAAACCACCGCCAGCUGUGUGGGAUGCAAGUUUCAAGUUACUUGCGGCGUCCACACCUAGUAGAACUUCUCAGAGUUACAACAAAUCCAGUGUCACUUGUCUUAUUUGUGGUAAACAAUUAAGUAAUCAAUACAACUUGCGAGUACAUAUGGAGACGCAUAGUAAUAGCUCGUACAGCUGCACAUCCUGUUCACACGUGUCGCGAUCACGAGACGCUCUCAGGAAACAUGUGUCCUACAGGCACCCGGUAGCUUCUCCUCAAAAACGUCCACGAUAUAGUACGUCAAAACCAUCAAUAAUGUGAUGAUAAAGUCACUAUUAUGUUAUUCUGUAUAGACAUUUUAACCCUCGCUAGGAUACCUUUCCAUCAAAAUAUAUCUUUCUGUUAAAAAUUAUUUUUGUCGUUAAA